CUCGAACCGGGCCAUAAUACUCCGACCGGGACGACCCUUUCCUCUUCCCCGGUUCGGCCCCUCCUCCGCGCCGCGAAACCCUAGCCCGCCUCAAUGGACGACACCUCCGCCUCCAAGCGCAAGCGCAAGCGCAGCCGCAAGCCCAAGGAGUCCCCCGCCUCUCCCGACCGCUCCUCCCCCUCUCCGGCCCCCGCCGCCGACCCUGUCCCCGCCGUGGCUGGCCGCCGGGGCCGCAAGCCGCGCCGUCACGAGGCCCCAGCCGACGCGGACGCCUCGCGCCCGCCGUCCCCGCCCCGCCGCGGGGAGCCGAAGCCGGUGGCUAAUGGAGGCGACGCGGUGGUUGAGGCGGGCCCCGCGAGCUGGGAGGAGGUGGUGCGGGUGGUGCCGUGCAUGGACGCGGUCGUGAAGGUGUUCUGCGUGCACACGGAGCCCAACUUCUCGCUGCCGUGGCAGAGGAAGCGGCAGUACAGCUCCAGCAGCAGCGGGUUUAUCAUCGGUGGCCGCCGUGUCCUCACUAACGCCCACUCCGUCGAGCACUACACCCAGGUUAAGCUUAAGAAGCGCGGCUCCGACACCAAGUACCUUGCCACCGUCCUCGCUAUUGGCACGGAGUGCGACAUUGCGCUGUUAACUGUUAGUGAUGAUGAAUUCUGGGAAGGAGUUUCACCUGUUGAGUUUGGAACAUUACCGGCGCUUCAGGAUGCGGUCACCGUUGUUGGUUAUCCAAUCGGAGGAGAUACAAUAUCUGUGACAAGCGGAGUGGUCUCCAGGAUAGAAAUACUUUCAUAUGUUCAUGGUUCUACUGAACUUCUAGGCUUGCAGAUAGAUGCAGCUAUUAAUUCAGGAAAUUCAGGUGGCCCAGCUUUUAAUGAUAGGGGCAAAUGUGUUGGUAUAGCUUUUCAAUCUCUCAAACAUGAAGAUGCGGAGAAUAUAGGUUAUGUAAUACCCACCCCAGUUAUUAAGCACUUCAUUCAAGAUUAUGAGAAAUCGGGAGAAUACACAGGCUUCCCUAUACUUGGGAUUGAAUGGCAGAAAAUGGAAAAUCCUGAUCUUCGCAAAGCAAUGGGGAUGAAACCAGAUCAAAAGGGUGUUCGUGUUAGGAGGGUGGAGCCCACUGCUCCUGAGUCUGGAUGUCUACAUCCGUCUGAUAUUAUUCUUAGCUUUGAUAGUGUCGACAUUGCUAAUGAUGGCACAGUUCCUUUCAGGCAUGGCGAGCGUAUUGGCUUCAGUUACCUUGUUUCUCAGAAAUAUACUGGCGAGAAGGCUCUUGUUAAAGUUCUGCGUGAUUCGAAAGUUCAUGAAUUUAAAAUACGGCUAGCAACCCACAAGAGACUCGUUGCAGCUCAUGUAAAGGGCAGGCCACCGUCAUAUUACAUAGUUGCUGGCUUUGUUUUUGCAGCUGUCUCUGUUCCAUACCUUCGAUCUGAGUAUGGAAAAGACUAUGAAUAUGAUGCACCUGUCAAGUUGUUGGUGAAGCAUUUGCAUGCAAUGGCGGAAUCACCUGAUGAACAGCUAGUGGUGGUAUCACAGGUGCUUGUAGCAGAUAUCAAUAUUGGUUAUGAAGAUAUUGUAAAUACUCAGGUUCUUGCUUUCAAUGGUCAGCUUGUAAAAAACUUGAAGAACUUAGUGACCAUGGUGGAAAAUUGCAAGGAUGAAUUUUUGAAGUUUGAUCUGGAGUAUGACCAGAUUGUUGUCCUCGAGACAAAAACUGCAAAGGCUGCUACUCAGGACAUUCUGACGACGCACUGUAUACCUUCUGCAAUGUCGGAUGACCUCAAGACCUAAUGAGGAGCAUGAUGCAGCCUCUGGCCAUCAGGUGGCCCCUACAGCUUGGGCCACAUUUUUGGUUGAAUUGAUUAGUAGGGUCGCACAAUGUCCUUCCCGUGAGAAGUUCCAUUCUGUGAACGGAAGGCUCUUCAGGGGUUCUGGAUGUCAAAAGGAGCCGGCUGGUGCCUUGAGCUGCACCAGAGAAGAGAGCGUCACGUCACCAUAAGCUGGAGUUGUUGCCAGCAGUGAGUCAUCAUGAAAACGAUAGUAGCUAGUAAGAAGCAGUGUCUCGUUUCAAAAUUUCAUUACAUUACAUGAAUUAGUAAUGAGAAGAGAAAUGAUAUUUAUCCUCAACACCGGCGAAGUUCAGUAAUGCCAAAUGAUAUACUAGAGUUAGCAGUAAUAUUUGGACAUAUGACUGUCCGUGCAUCCUCGUUUGUGUUAACAAGUGCAAUCGCUAUCAGGUUGUGGAGUACACAAAGUGGUUUCCGGCUGAAUCAUUCAUACGUGAUAUUUAAACUUUCUGUACCA